GUACAUAAGACAUAUGUACAUAAGUGAUCGAAGCAAAAGCUCUUCCAGCGCGAACAUAAAUAAUCAAUAAAAAGCAAUUUACGCUGUGAAAUAAUAAUAUCAGAAGCUGUGUAUUAAAUACCAAAAAAUGAGCCACGAGAGCAUCUUUGAGUUGUCACAUUACAGCAAAUUUGAAAUAUUUAAUCAAAUUAAAAGGAAUUGUGAGAGCGAAAGACCAGGAGCAGUCGUGGAAAUCAAGUAUGGCGAUCUCAUUAGGCUCGCCGCUUGCUCUCAACAUCUGGCCCGUAUGCUCUUUGAAUGGGAUACACAGCUAUACAGAAGCCUUGAUCAAUACAUGAUUCAUAAGAUCACAAGCAUUUACAUCGACUUUGAAGAGGUGUAUAAACGCUUGGCGACAGCCUCGUCGAGGGAAAAGGAAACCUACUGGAGCUCCCUCAGCCAUGCCAUCAGGGAUGCAGGUCCCAAACAAGUCGUAUUGCGUUAUGCACCCGAAUCAUACCACAGUGAUCACAUGGAAGCAUUUCACACAGUCAUGGGUCAGCUCCAAAACAAGCUAAAUCUGAAAGAGUUGGACAUAUAUAUUCCAGGCUACACCCUAGAGGGUCUGGGCAAGCUUAAAAGCCUCGAGACACUCAGUUUAAAUAUUCGUAUGGAUAUUGAUGACUUGGUCGAGAGCUGUAAGCAGAACAAAAACUUGAAGAAUUUGUCAUACAUGAAUAACGAAACGGGAGGAAAGAGGCUGGCCACGAUUGCGCCGCAUUGCGGAGAGUUGGAAGAACUCACCUUCAAAAUGAGACCCGAUUGCGAUGCAAGCGAGUACAAGCCUUUGGCCAAGAUUCCCAAACUGAACCACUUGAAGAUCGCGGGCGUGCACGAGAGGGGCACUCUGCAGCCCCUGCUGGAGGCAUGCGUUGCCAAGCGGCGCAAACUCACCAGAUUGUCCGUAGACGAUGUCCCAUUGGAUAAAUCGGAAACACAGGCAAUGGCCCAGAUUGAAACACUAACCAAAGUGAAGUGUGGAUUUGACGAUCCCCAGAGCAUUGGGCUCUUGUCCCAACUGACCAAACUCGGCUUCUUGGAUAUACUCUCCAAGCAUGAUUUUCUGGCCAUAUCUGAGCAGGUUCUGAGCAUUCUUAAGGACUCGAUUGCGGAAAAGUGGAUUGACAUAGUAGAUAUUAACACUAACAUCUGGUACCAACCAAGUGCAGGAGAACUUAUUCUUACGAUAAGGGGAGAUAAUGUGAAUGCCUCCGACUUUGGUCCACUUGCGACUCUGCCAGGUUUGUGUUCGCUUGAAAUAAGCGGAUCGCCCCAAAUUGGUUCACUUAAGCCGAUUCUUAAUGAAUUAGUAGCGGCAUUCCGGAAAGCACCCACUUUGACGUCUUUGAGGCUGGGAAAAAUAACAGCAGCGGAAGUCGCCAUCGUGUCUCAAAUCGCAUCCCUGAAGAGAUUGGAGUGCGGGAUUGCCGAAAAGGAGCAGAUUCCCCUGCCCAAAGAAAUGACUGAGCCUGUGCCAUCAUCCUCAAGAUCCGCCCAGAAGAUAUUGGCAUCACAGAACGCUGAGCUGCUGGCGCAGCUACCCUUGCUCGAAGAAAUUACAUUUUUAUAUCUGGGCCAUUAUCCCCAGUAAUCCCACAGCGCUUCCUUACUGCUCUGGCCUGCAAGGAGUCGCAGACACUACAAAACCUUUGUUUCUUAGGGUGGAAAGCAAACAUCGACACCGUGGCAGCAAAGGAACUGGCCCGCCUAAGGUCUUUGCGUACUCUGAGAUGUCACUUCGCUGAUCCUCUGGACAUACAGCUGCUGUCUCACCUAACCGAACUC